GUUGAGUGCCCCUCGUUUUGAAUGCCGUCAAAUGACAGCACAAAUACUUGUAACACGCGUUUUCUAUCUGACCUUAAAUAAACGAGCUUGCGCUCCAUUCGGCCUCUUUUACCGCUGAACACCAAACGGGAAACAUCGAGUUUUUCUGCUCCGCAAACCUAUCCAAAUCACAACCCUCAUUUCUAAAUCCCGGUUGUUUUAAUUGGCGACGAAGGAGUGAAGAACUACGCGAGCGAUUUUUUUUCUUUCGGUGGUGUAUUUAAUCGAACAGUUUUUUUUAAUCAAUUUUUCCUUUGCGGGAUUGAAACGAUCGUCCUGUUCGGGUGUACACGCAUCGGGGAAGAAAUUUGCUAGCCAUUGUGUGCGAGUAGCGGCGGCACCAUUUUGUUUUCUACAAACCGACGCCGAGUGAGCAGCAGCAAAAAACCGAGGAUUCUGUCGGUGUGCCUGGAAGUGCGGUACCUGUUGGCCGGAGAUUCGCAUCGGAACGGUCGCAGCACGGCGAAUUCCGUGGUUCGGGCGGCAAGUGGCACGAUUUUGCGCGGCGUAUUCCGGUGGAUUUUGCUGAUUCGGUGCGGUGAAGGUUCUGCUUUUGCGGUGGUUUGGAGCGUCGGCAGUUCCGGCGGCAUUUUUGGGACAAAGGAGAGCGUUCGUUGGCGGCGGUGACCAGGCGAUUUGUUCUUGGACCGGGAGAAAGCAGCUUUGUGAGGCCAAAUCGCCACGGUGUAAUUCAGCUGUUUGAGCCGGUGCACAAACUUUUGCUUCGCUGAACGACGUUUUCCUGUGCUGGUGCACGGUGCGCACGACGAGUUUUAAAGGAGGUUAAGUUUGCUUGCUGGCAAAGGCCGGGUGCGAGAUCGGUGAGUAGCAAGCUUUUCUUUGAUUUGAUCCCUGGAUUUGCAGUAAUAGAGAUUUUUGUGUGUUUUCUUUUUAUUUUUUUUCUUUGGGAAAUUUGGAAUUUGAUUUUUUUUACCUGAUUUUUGAUAUCAAGACAUGGGUUCGAACGGGUUAGCUACCUCUAUUGAGAUGUUUAGGAAGGGUACGUCAUUUACGGACUGGUCAGAUCGACUGGCCUAUACCUUUCACGCAAAUCAAGUUGCGGCUGAUCGCCAAAAAUCGCAUUUCAUGACGAUUUGCGGACCGUUUCUUUUUUUCUCAAUUAAAGCUGCACUACAGCAAAGAUGAGCUGGAUAAAGCCUCUUAUGCUGAUAUUGUGUUAAAAUUGAAACAAAAAUUGGACAAAACGGAGCCGGACUUAGUCCAGCGCUUUCGUUUUAGUCAGCGAAACCAGCAACCUGAUGAAUCCAAUGAGGAUUUCGUGCAGGCGGUCAAGCUGCAGGCGGAAUUCUGUGGUUUUGGUGCGUUUAAGGACGUGGCCAUAAUGGACAGAGUUCUGGCGGGUCUUCUUGACGGGAAUUUGAAGGAGAAUUUGUUGAAGGAGGAGGGGUUGACUUUGGACAAGAUGGACAAGUUCAUCACAACAUGGAACAUAGCAAAACGUAACGUGAAUGCACUUAACAAUCAAAACUCUUGUGCUAAUUUUGGACAAUUUAACUACCCUCCACCUGAAAUGGUCAACCAAGUUCGAAGACCGGUGCACGAGAGGUUAGGUUCACAUCCCUACAACAAUAGACAACACUCAAACACACAUAACAACUAUUACAGAUCGGGCUUCAAUAGAAACAAUAAUAGAUACAACAACAAUAGAUCGGGUCAAAAUAAUCAUCAGCAUCGCGCACAAAAUACACAUAACACACAACGUUCAGUCAGAUUUCAAGGUGAUAACCGUAAUAACAAUCAAAGAAACACAAACACAAACAACAACAACAGAUUCAAUAAUCGAACUGAGAGGGUUAAGCCUGAUUAUUCUGAGACUGUUUGCGAUUAUUGUGGGAAACUGGGGCACAUUAAAAAGAGGUGCUUCACCUGGAAGAAUUUGCGUCGUGAUGCUGUGAAUUUCGUCGAGAUGGCGCGACCGGGAACCAGUGCUGAGAGGGAGCUGGCGGAUCUAUUGGGGCGUAUGAAUACGAGGGAGGAUCCGAAUGAGGAGACUUCGGAUGCUGAAAGCUACUCCGAGUGGAACCAAGGUGUCGGCUGGAAGCGCGGUGUGGCUAGCGCAUCGCGAUCAGCUUAAACCACAUUACCAGCAACAAGGCGAACGGCCGAACCUGAUGACGCCGUUCGAGAAGUCUACGCCGGACGCGGCAGUGGUGGAUUUGGACGUUGAGAUGCUGAAUUUAGACGAAGAUAUGUUGGGGGCCGGAUACGGCGGAAGCGGCUUGUUCCGGGGUUUCCCGGAAGCUGCAACGGCACGAUCCAGAAGCCGGAAGCGAGACGCAUCCGCGGCGGAAUUGCCGGCGGUCUGCCUUCGGCGCUCGAAGAGAAACAGGAAGCCUGUUUCGAACAGUGAAUUCAUUUAUGAUUAAUUAUACAUUAACAGAACACUUUGUUCUUUCAAAUUAAUACAAACAGUUGAAUUAGAUUUGUACUUGAUACAGUUUUCUUUAUAUCCAUUUAUUUGUUAUCAUUUAUCUAUGAGUUCGAUUAACUUUAGUUUUAAGCA